UAUAGUCAGUAAAUAUGCGAGUUAUCGUGAUUAUAUAAAGUAAGAUAUGCUAUGCUAUAAUAUUAUCUAGCUGAAGGCCAAAACAUGUAUGACGUUAUCUUUAUACCGACUUAAUUAAAGCGCGUAUUCAAGAAAGACUUUUACGCUUAACAUUUAUAUUUGGCGCAUUUCUUUUAAAGCAGGAGUGUUUAAAACAUAUACUUCUAGUCCAGUAUAAUCUAUAGUAUGGAUAAUUCAGCCGUGUUAAACGCAGACGGAGCAGAGCCAGAUGUGGAUAAAUGUCACAUCUGUCUGAGUCCCUUCACAGAGCAGACUGUGGCCUCUCUGAGCAGCUGCCAGCAUGUUUUCUGUCUUCAGUGUAUCCUUGAGUGGUCCAAGACAGCGAACACUUGUCCAGUGGAUCGGAUCAGCUUCAACUUCAUCCAUCCUGGAGGCGACGUUCAAAAGAAGAUCAAAGUGAAGACGCACAGAAAGGAGGAUGAUGAUGAUGAUGAAGAGGAGCGGAGCCAUGCUGUUAUCUGUGAGGAAUGCGGACGCAGCGACCGUCGGCACCGCCUGCUGGUGUGCAUACACUGUGAUUCAGGGUAUCAUAUGGACUGCUUGACACCUCCAUUAAGCACAAACCCAGAAGGUGACUGGAUUUGCGCUGAUUGUGUUGUCACUCCUCAUCAUACAGAAGGAUCGGUGGUAGAAGAAUAUAUCAGUGAUGGGGAGUUAACGGACCUCUUAGCCGACAUGGAUGAGAUGCCGUCUACCAGCAGUCGCCUUCGACCCUCCACCAUGAAUCAGCCCAGCAGCUCCACUGGACGACGACACAGCCAGAGGAUCCAGAGCAGAGCGAGCAGCAGUCCUCCUAACCCUCGCCCCCAAACCUCCUGGCACGUGCCUAAAUACUUGAUACGAGCAUCAAAGCCUGCAGUCGCAACAGAUGAACCGCUUCCACACAGCGACACCAGCAGUGCAUCAGACAAUUUAAAUACAAAAAAAAGAAGGAAGCGUGCAACUUGAGCUGCUGGAUUACAGUUUAUAUUAUCACGGACUGAUAGACAUCUCAGCAGCUGAAUGUGCUUCUGUCUGAAACGACCACAUGGUGGCAGCAGAGCGUUAUGAGUUGGGAGUUGAUCUCCAGAUAUAAACUCUAAAUGUGAAGGAACUGAACUUGAACCAGGUUUUUGUUUCUUUUAAAAGUGAUAUUUUUUAAUAUUCUUUGUAAAAAGCUGUUGCUGAAUGUUUUCUGUUUUCACUUUUGUGACAGUAAGGCUGAAAAUAAUCUAGAUUUUUCUUAUUAUCAACAAAUCAGUUAGUCUGUUCAUCAAAGUGACAUAAAUCUUUACAAAAAUGGGUCAAAAUAUAUAAAAGGGUGAAGGUGGAACAAUUUCAUGCAAGUGUUGGGCACCAGUCAUAAACAUUAAAUGUGAAGGAACGUAACUUAAACAAGGUGCUUUUUUAGUUUCUUUGAACACUGACAUUGAAACAGUAAAGCUGUCAGUCCUGAACAUUUUUGAAAAGUGACAUAAAUCUUUUUUAAAAAUGGGUCAAAAUAUAUAAAAAGGCUUCUAAAAAUUACUUCUAAGCAGUUAUUUGUGUGAAGGUGGAACAUUUUCAUGCUAAUACAUGUGAUUAGAGCAUUAGUUUCAGCCUUGGAUUAAUACAUUUGGUUAUGGUGAGUCUAUCUUGAGUCUUUCCUGCAGCAGGAUGGUGUUUAUGGGAUUGACUCAAAAUAACCUACAGUUACCGUCUUCAGGGUAAUGAAGGGACACGUCAGCUGGUGCAACAGUGUGACUCACCGCUGUGUUUUUAAUAGUUUUUGAACAACAAUAAAGCUCCACAGCACAGGGGGAUAAGAUGCAUCUGGCUUCAGCUACAAACACUUGUCAGGAGGAACAAUGUAUUAUUGGUUUCAGUCUUUUCGUUGGAUUUGUUGACAAUAAGAAAAAGAAAGAAUAUCA